GGACAGUAUCAACACAACCAGCAAGCAAAUCAGAAACGACACACAGACUUAAAAAGCUCUAAAAUAAAGAGUAUCAAAUUGCAAAUAUUCAUUCAACAACAAAUAAAUAGUGCAACACAAAAAGCAAAAUUAAAUUCUUUAACCAACAACCAAAGAGAGAAAACCUAAACUAAGUGUGAAGUAGAACGAUACAAACAAAAAAGUGCAACGCGCUUAGUCUUUGUGUCUUUCAAAAGCCUGGCAACGCUGGCGCGUGCAUAAAGUUUGCUUCUUUUUUUUGUUUUUCUUUUUCUUUGCGAAACGCACGCGGAGUGACAAAGACACAAGAUAGAUAUCAACUGACAGCAAGCACAUUUAGUGAAAGAAAGGAAAUCCCCCUUAAAACGUUUGUUUUGGGGGCGAACACAAUGUCAACGAAAAUAACGAUGAUGAUAAUGAUGUUGUUGAUGGCGAUGAUGAUGGCGAGCGUUGCCAAUGCGCAGGCAUCUUAUGUACACCGCAAUCCCCUAUUGGAGGUGGAUGCCCUGCGCAAAGAAUAUAUUGCAUUGGAGAAAUCACUGUGGGAAUAUUUGGACAACUCGCCGUCGAAUAGUCAAAACAAUCGCGAUACGCUAAUCAAAAAGAUUUACAGUUCGCAUCGCGAGUUCAUUAAUCGACCGCAAAUCAGUCACAAAUUUGCAUUAGACCACUACAAAGUACUGAAUCAUUAUGAAUGGACGUUACUCGAGAUGAAAUUGUUUCAAUUGAGUGGUAUCUAUGAUGAUGCCUACAAGGAUAAACUAAUGAGCGCACCUACAAGUCAAAAUCUGGAAGAACGCGCUGUUCUGGAUCUAACUGAUCAUGUGUUGCGCAACGAUAAAACCUUUUCAAUGUCACAGAUAUUUCAGGAAAUCGAGUACAUGAUGGUCAAACAAGCCCUGUACUACAGGGCUAUGCUGACAGCAACCGAUGAAAUGUGCCGCACUAUGCAAUCGCCACAGCAAUUUGUGUAUUCACUGUACACGGAUAUUGCGCUCACCGAACUCAAGGGCUACAUCAUGAUGGAGUUCUCGUGGAUGAUGUUGCGCGCCUAUGGUCGCGGCAAUUUCUCCCAGGAAGCCGAACUGAUGCGACGCGACUACGAGAAACGCACCGAACGUGCCGUCACCCUACUGAAGGAGGUAAUGCGUCGUGCCGAUCGCAUUCUCUGGCGCUGUGAUCCCCCCAAGCAUAAGCACAAUGUCACCUACGAUGAGGUGACGCGUCUGCUGCAAGGUUACAUCGAGAACGAGGUGGAUCUGAAUUCAGACGAAACGUGUCGCGAGACCUGCUCAUAUUAUCAAUCGACACGCAGCGAGGGCUGCUUCAAGGAGUACUUCUGUGCCCGACAACCCAAGUGUUCGGGUAAAUUGUACAAUUGCCAGUUCAUUGACUCCGACAUGUGGGUGUGUCCAUCGGCGCAGAGCAGCAUGAGACGCUACGAAUACAUUCAGUAUGAGAACGGACGUGUGCUGGGUGAGAAGCAGCAGACUUGUGUGCGUGGCACCACCAAGGUGGACAGUUGGUGGCGUUAUCUCUUCUGGCAUUGCAGCUACUGCUUCUGUCUGUGCGACGAGCAGGGUCUCAAGUCCGAUCGUUUCUUCAAUCUACGCGAAUCGGUCUCGGACAUCAAGCAGAAUAGAGUGGUCACUGGAUUGCGUUUUGUGAAAAAGAAUCGCAUCUUUCACUUGCAAAUACAGGAGGGACAAUUGCUGCCACGCGGCACCAUCAAUGCCACAACACUCGAAUGGCGUCCCGUCGAAAAUUACAAGAUCUCCGAUCGCAAUGUGGCACGAGGCGUUGACUAUCAUACGAUGAGCUAUGAGAGUCGCUCCAUCGAUUUGGAUGACAUUAUGAAGACGGAUGACAACAGUUUUGUGGUCACAGGCGUGCGUUUCCGUGUGCUGGGCGCCCAUCUCAAUCUGGAGGCGCGUCUCAGUGAAUUUGACUUCAAGAAGGGUGAACUUAUACAGCCGGAGGUGAACAGUGUUUGGCAGUCGAAUGAUAACACCGACGUUAGCGGUGAACGCAGACAAAAGCUGAGCCUACAUAAUCUGGAUGUGCCGACACGUUCGAUUGCCUAUUCGCUGCCACAGUCGAAGCACAAUCAGUACAUUGAGUUUGUCAACACGGGCUUGGAUAAGGAUGCGGCACAGACAACGGUGCCGUUCAUUGAUAUACAGGAUGUUACAUCGAAUCCGCCGGUGCCGUUGGCUGGCAUUGGCAUCUAUUAUAAGGCUCGCACAGGCUAUGGUGGCUUUGUUGCCCCCAAAAUCAUCACCUACGACUUUACGCCGCACGUUCAGGUGCCAAAGACCAUCAAUUAAUGAACUAAAACAACAAUCAAUCAGGGGGGAUACGAUCGAUCAAUCAAAAUGGUACUCUUAGAUCCAUCUUCUUAUAGCUUUCUCUCUAUGUAAGAUCUACAACUAAUUUGCAUUAUAUCUAUACAUACAUAAUUCUAAUAAACACAAAUACAAAUAUUUCAUUUGUACGCCAAAAUCGAAUCACAAUUGAAAUACAAAUAAAAAAAAAAACAUUGAAGAAGCUGAAAUUCAUUCUACAAGAAUUUCGUUGGUAAACAGA